UUCGUCUUCACCUAUUUCAAAAGCAAACUCCCAAUGAAAUUCUAAUUUGUAUCAAAAUAAAUUUGAAAAGAAACAUUGUACAUUGCACAUGCGUACUUGACCUUGAAAGUAUACACUGGGGGCGGGCAUUGAUAGGUGAGCUUAUAGUGUAUAGCAUCAAAAUAAAGAUUAAAAGUUGCUUUACAAUAGGUUUCGAUUGGAUCUGUCCACACGAAUCAUAGGAAUUCGUCCCUGUGGAGACAAUUUUACAUUCAGGGUCUUUAAGGGGUUAUAACCCCUACUCACCUCUCAUUCAGUACUCGAAUUAGUGUUAACCAAAUAAGAGCAAAAUGGAUCCGGCUAAAAUGAGAAACUUUAGACCUGCUAACACCUUCCGGGCUAUGGGAGUUGCCACUGUUAUCUCCACCGCAAUAACGGGGGCAUAUCUGUACUACUACAUUAAGAAAGAAGUUGCACCGAUCAAGAAUUUUUACAGCACUUAUAAUCCUGAACAAGAAUGGAAAGUCUUGUUAAAAUCUGGCAUACUGAAGACUGUCGAUAAAGAUGGAAAUUUCAUUGAUCUAUCAGACUGAAACGGCAUCUUAUUUUACUGAUGUAUCUAGUAUCCAUAGAAUUUAUUGUUUACACAAAGUUUGAUAGCAAAUGAAUACACUGAAUGCAUAUAGCACUUUAAUUCUUUUUAUCAUCUGACAUAAGAUAUCGAUUUUCAUUCCUGACUUCAUUACCAUAAACACUUUACUAUGCAAUGUAAAUUCACUGUCCCGUGAAGGUUCAGGCCGAGAUUUUGAGAAAGCAUUUAAUAGAAAAAGUGUUACCUAAUUCGAGCACAGGGUAUAAUCUUAUUAAAUAAGGUUGCUAAAAAAGGCUAACAUUCGGA